CAGCAUGCAGCAGUACAACUUUAUGAAAGUCAUGGAGAACAUGACCCUGGAGUUUACGGUGGACAAGGAAGACCACAAGCGUUUCAUCCACGAUUCACGCAUGCUAUCCCUGGCCAUUCAGCAGCAAUUGCUCCAGGAUGGUGCGGUGUUCCAGAACCAACUGGGACAGCUCCACAAAACGGCCUCCUAUGUGGACAACCUGUACCUGGACAUGCCGCUGAACUUUGAGAUCUUCCUGCCCAUUCGACUGCCAGUGGCAGUGGUGCCCACCUACGAUGAAAAGAACCGCAGUGUGCAGUUGACCAGAACCAACUGCCAGCACCCGUUCUUCUUCGGGAAUGCGGUAAAUGUUAAGUGUUUGAACCUUCUGCUCCAGCGGGAACUGCAUCGGGCCAUUUCCAAGCUGAAGAGCGCGUCAUCUCCGUGCACGGGACGGGUCUACGACAUGAAGUAUUCGGUGCUGAGCCUCAACCACGUGCCCUUCGUCCACCAAGUGGUGGCCCUGGAGCGGGGCAGCAAUGGGCAGCGUUUCAUCCGCUUCGACUUCGUUCUGGCCGUGGAGUUCCAUGGCGCGGAUAUGAUAUUGCCACCGUACUUCCAGGCAUCGCUCAGUAACCGAUGGCUUGCCUACGGCAGGAUGACCGUCGACGAGGAUCCCAACCCGGCGGAGUGGGCUGUGCUGGUGCCCAAGUGGCAGGACUCCUCGCCCGGCGCCUCGCUCAUUGCCCUGAACUGCAUGGUCAUGUUGUAUCGCCUGAUGAGCGCCCAGCAGUGCUACUGCUUCGCCCUGCCCGCCUCCAUCAAGUUCGCCUUCGUCAUGGCCACCGAGGAGCGCGGCCUGGACUUCCAUCGGAUGAGCGUCGCUGAUUUGACUAUCACUACCAUGUUCCAUCAGGUAUUUGGCAAUCUGUACAAGGCGGUGGCCGGGAACGCUAACGGCGACGAGGCCACCAGGAGCAGUCGCUUGAUGGCCAUCCGGAAGCAGUUGCUGCGUGCCCGUGGCGUCUACGCGAUGCUGGCGGAUGCAGUGCUGCGGAAUUCCAUACGCAGUGAUUUUGUGAACGCCUACUUUUGGUACAUCGACAUAUCACCGCCGCCGGAAUGCUUCUAUCAGUCCCUGGUCGAAGUCCGCACCACCCGUAUGAAGAGGAAGCGGAGGACCCCCUAAGCCUGCAAAAGCACCAGAAAACCAGGACAACAGGACUCGGGCGUCCAGGACACAGGACAAGGACACCAGCGGAGGGCCAAACAAUUUCGAGCUUGUUGGCAAAGAAAAUUUACGUGCCAAAGACAAUUGGUAGAUGCAGCCCAGGCGCAGAAGUCGAAUCCGGACCAACAUCACGGCACGGUGCAAAUGGUCAAACAUUUUACGCUUUUCGUUUAA